AUGGCCAUUUUCAUGCAGUUAUGUCUUCUUGUACUUGCUACAAUCUCUCUUUCUCCAAUUGUUGCUUAUGGUUCUGAUGGUGAAGUCACUGCUCUUCUUAAAUGGAAAGAAAGCCUGCAACAGCAAAAUAACAUCUCCGUAUUACCUUCAUGGAUGUCUUCUCUUCCAAACAGUACUCAAAACCGUUCUUCGACUCCAACGAUGCAAUCUACGUCUCCUUGCUAUUGGUACGGUGUUUCUUGCAAUUCUGAUGGAAGCAUAACGAGAUUGAACCUCUCAUCUUCAAGUUUAACAGGUACACUGAAUACCUUCUCGUUUCCAUCAUUUCCCAACCUCACACAUUUCGAACUAAGUUUCAACAACUUUUCUGGGGUCAUCCCACCWGGGAUCAGUAACCUGUCAAAACUGGUUUAUCUUGAUUUUAGCGGAAAUCAGUUUUCCAGUAUCAUCCCUCCAGAAAUUGGGCUCUUGGAGAAUCUCGAGACACUUCACUUGUUUGAUAACCAGUACUUGAAUGGUUCAAUYCCACACCAGAUAUGCCGUAUGAAGUCUCUUUCUGGGCUUGCUUUGUAUGGGAAUACUCUUAGUGGUGAAAUCCCUUUCUGUCUGGGYAACUUGACCAACCUUAGUUAUCUAUUUCUCAACGAUAACGAACUCUUUGGUUCCAUUCCUUAUGAGUUAGGAAACCUCACAAAUUUAACUGGGCUUCAUUUGGAGAACAACCUGUUAACMGGGCCUAUUCCAGACACUCUUGGAAAGCUUAACAAGUUGAUCAKACUGAAUCUGUUUARCAAUCRGAUAAACGGUUCUAUUCCUCCAGAAAUAGGUGUUUUGAGUUCACUUSAAUUGCUAAACCUUUACAACAAUAGUCUCACGGGUUCAAUCCCGAAUUCUCUGUGUCGUCUUCAAUCCCUUAUCUUUCUGCGUCUCUAUUCCAACAAUCUUUCUGGUCCCAUUCCUGAAGAUCUGGGAAACAUGUCAUCCCUWGUCAAUCUGCAAAUAAGUAACAAUCAGCUCAAUGGUUCCGUUCCGAAGUCAAUUGGCAACCUUCUACAAUUAGAGAGUUUCCAUCUUAGAAAUAACCAGUUUUCUGGUUCUCUUCCUGAAGAGUUAGGAAAUCUCAAGUUGGUUGUAGUAGAACUUUCAGAAAACAGAWUUUCAGGUUCUUUACCUGAUACAAUAUGUAAUGGAGGGAGAUUACAGUUGUUGCUUGCAAGUCGUAAUAAGUUGACGGGAACAAUGCCCAGGAGCUUGUUCAAUUGUUCAACGCUAAUUAGAGUACGAUUAGAUGGAAACCAGCUCACUGGAAAUGUUUCAGAAAUAUUUGGUGUCUACCCUCACCUUCAGUUCAUCAGUCUCGGUGACAAUAAGGUKUAUGGGGAACUUUCUGACAGUUGGAGCAAGUGCAAGAAUCUAACAUCAUUGCAUGUUGGAGGAAAUAAUAUCAGUGAUCCCAAUGGAGUUCGGAAGGAUGAAUCGUUUGGCAACGCUGGUUUUGCGAGACAACCAGCUUUCGGGUGCCCUACCCCUAGAACUCGGAUCACUUACGGAGCUCUCUCUCUUGGACGUGUCGAAGAAUAA